AUGAGCUGGUUUCACCAUUGCCCGUUGUGCGGAUGGGUGUUGAACAGCUCGGGGACAUGGACGGGAGAAUUUCGGGCAGUAUAUUCGAUGUCAAAGGAAGACUUCGGCUUGACUGGCGUCGGAUGCUGUAGCUUGCAGACCCCGGCCCCUUUUACAGCUCCUCAUAACCCUGAGGCUCGCUGGGACGAUCCCGGCUACGAUCACCCUCUAGCCGAUCAGAUCUUCUCCAUAAAAGGUGGUACGCGUCAUUCAAAACGCGGGUUCGCCUUCCACGACUCUUGCUGGUGGCUUCUCCAGCGGACGUGCUACCCCGCUGUGGUCCCUCUCAACAGGCUGUGGGAGGCCUGCGCGUCGCUCGCAGAGACUGACGCAUCAGAGAAACUGGACUGGGGCCACGACUUCGGCGGGUUAUGUUUCGCGGCAACGGAUACCCGGUUCCCGUGGGAGCGGUUGCUCGGACCCCGUGAGUUUGCCGAGGCGGCCGCAGAGCCCCCGUACGGCGCCGACCCGCGCUCGAGCUUGGAAGCCAGGGAGAUAUUGGGCGAAGCUCCAGCAGAAUACCCUCCUUCUGCUCCACCUUCUUUGCGGUUCGGGAUGACCGCUGACACAAGAGGCCACGAUCCGUUUGCCGUGCUCCCCCCCGAGAUGUGCUUGGCCAUUGCCGUGCGUCUACAGACCCGAGAUGUUUUGCAGGCCCGCCUCGCGACCCGGUCGUUUUGGCCCAUCUUCCACAGUCAGCAGUUUUGGGCGUCUCGAUUUGACGGCCCUGCGGCUGAGCGAUCGUGGUUUUUUGAAGCCCGUGACGCCCACCAGGAGAGACGCGGAGAAUCUUUUGAUUGGCGUUACUUGUACCGUCGUACCGCGGCUUCUCGUCUGCCGCUGGGGCUACGGAACCGAGAGCGGAUUUGGGAAUUGCUUCAAGGUGUUGUCCCAUUGCUGGAGCUUCACUGGACCGAACACGACCCUGCCUACAUGCUGCCAGUGCCACCGGGGGGCCCUGCUGAGUGGGAAAAGCAGCUCAAGUCCUGGCUUUUUGUUGGGGGGGAUGUUGUGACUGAUACACCGGGCGCGAUUUCUUCAUUUAGAAUGGGAACGCGCGCACGAUACGUUCGCCGAGUGGCUGUCCCGGCAGACAUUACCAGAGUAUCGGUUUCUACCAUACGUAUGGGUUUGUCGGAGUAUGUUGCCGGUAUCGCGCUGGUGUCGCCCAAAACGGGGUCUGUUUUGCGGCUCGGAUUCGGCGAGUUCAACAGUUAUUCCGUUCGGUUACCUAACAAGCUCUCGGGGUUCAACAUCUCCGUCGGCAUGUCUGGAAUUCACGGUAUCCAGUGUGUCGACAGCGAGGAGGGACCCGUCGAUGGAUGGCUUGGGUGGGUGCAGGACGUCCCUAAAACAGAGCGACUAGCAUGCGGGCCUUCUCUCACUGCUCUCGAGCUUGUAUUUGAUGGAUUGAAAGUGAUAGGGCUGGCCGUUCCCAAGGAGAAGCCCUUGCAGUCCGCCAGCACCAACGACAAGACGUCACAGGUACGGCACAUGGGCAUCUGGUAUCCCGCUCUACCGCCGACAACAAUAAAUUUAAAUGAGGCGUUCUUCUUGAGCCAGCGACCAUGCCUAGGAUAUUGGAGGGGAUUCCGGCCCUUGUUUUGGACGUGCUUCGGUGGACCCGGCGGCAUAUAUCUUCGCCAUCUGACCAAGAUUAGGCUUUGCAGCGACGCCUUGCGCCGUAUCGAAUUUUCAUUUGACGUUGACGUUCCUGUAGAAUGCCGCAUGUUUGGCCGGCAUGAGGACGACGACCUUACAGAUGUCGUCGAGUUCGCCAUCGACGGGCCCGGGGGCGAGGUCAUCGAUCAGAUCGAGGUCGAACAGCACUGCAGAGGCCCAUCCCAGGGGCCAGGCUGGCCGCCAGCGGUACCAGAGCUCACGGCAGUGAAGAUCUCCACCAACUGGGGAAGAUCGUGUGAGUCAAGGGGCCGAGAGGCUUCCUGGGAGCUGGUCAGCAACGCGGUGUUUCGCAGUGAGCCUGGAACCGCCAUCACUGGGUUUUAUGGUUCGCAAGUAAGUACAAUUUCGGUUAACUAG